UCGCCUAGAUAUGCUGCCUUGUCUUACACUUGGGGAAGCGCUCCGUACAAUAAGGGUAGACCAAAGGGUUCAACAUAUCAGAUCGUGGUGAAUGGUGUUACAAGGCCCGUGCAGCAAAAUCUCCACGAUGCACUCGACCACCUAUCGUCCAAGAUUCAGGACCUGGAUAUCCCGCUCUUUGUCGAUGCUAUCUGUAUCAACCAAGCCGAUAUGCAUGAAAGAGCUUCACAAGUGCGGCAAAUGCGUGAGAUUUACGAGAAUGCCGAGUUGGUAGUGGGAUGGUUAGGA